UUGGUUGCAGAGGAAAACGAAAGUUAUGUAGGAAAUUUGGGGCGUUUUGAAUGCGAGACGCCGCUCUCCGACCCCCGCCGUUUUCGCUCUCCGGAGUGUUGCAGAGGAGCUGGUCGGAGGCGGAGGCCCCUGCUGCCCCAGGUGUUGUUGUUCGUCCAGACCAUGGGGGAUCUGGGGAGACCCUCGCCUCGGGAUCAGAACAGCCCCGAAAAACCAACCUCCGAGUCCGGGACGUCGGAAGGGCUGCAUCAUCUGCAAGCAACCGAAAGGAUGUGGGGGGAAGCCCUCUGUGAAAAACAUCGCGAGCCCCUCAAGGUUUUCUGCUGGGAGGACCGCGCUUUCAUCUGCUUGGUAUGCGACAAAUCCAAGAAGCACCGAGGCCACCUGGUACUUCCCGUCGAGGAGGCAGCUCAAGAUUACAAGAAAGAGAUCCAGAUCAAGCUACAAAAACUGAAGCUGGGGAGAACGGCUGCUGAAGGGUCAAAGCAGACUCAGGAGAAGCAAAUGGCUGCGUAUUUGGAAGACAUCAAAGCAGAGAGAAGAAAGAUUGCGCAGGCGUUCCAGCAACUCCGCUUGUUUCUAGAAGAGCAGGAAAAUGGCCUCUUGGCUCGGUUGAGUGACCUGGAGAAGCAACAGGAUGAAAGUAGCACCAGACUUUCAAACAACGUUUCUUUUCUCAAUGACCUGAUCUGUGAGCUAGAGAAGCACUGUCAGAGGCCUGCGGGUGAAUUUUUACAGGAUCUCAAGGAAACUUUAAGCAGGUGUGAAAAGGGUGAGCUCCUUUACUUCCAAGAGAAACCUGUUAACCUGGAAAAAGAUCUCAGGGCCAUCUCUCAGCAAACUGGUCUAUUAAUGGAAAACUUCAAGAAAUUUAGAGAAUCACUGAUGGCUGAAUUGCAGAAAAGCAAGACCCAAAGGCUUAACAGGGUCCUCUCGAGUCAGACUGAUGAGCCCGAUCAGCCCCAGGCCUUCUGGCCAAGAUUGCAUAAUGAUGCCCUGAGAACAGACAAGAAAGUCUCCCCAGUCAACGUUACCCUAGAUCCACGUACGGCCAAUCCCCAUCUCUUCCUCUCCUUGGAUCAGAAGACAGUCACGCACCUGGAUCGUGCGCAGGCCUUGCUGGACAACCCUGAGAGAUUUGAUGCCGAGUUCUUCGUGCUGGGCUGCGAAAGCUUCUGCUCUGGGAAGCACUCCUGGGUGGUGAACGUCGAGCAGGGGCAGAACUGGGCCAUUGGCGUUGCCCAGGAGUCCGUGAGGAGGAAGGGGAGCCUCAGCCUCAACCCACAGCAAGGCAUUUGGGCAGUACAGCAGUGCUGGGGCCAGAUGCAAGCCCUGACCUCUCGCUGGACUACCCUGUUCCUGCUCAGGAAGCCCAGAAGGAUCAGAGUACAUCUGGAUUAUGAGGGAGGGUGGGUGGCCUUUUUUGAUGCAGAGCUGGAUGCUCCUAUUUUUACUUUCCCACCUACCACGUUCAAGCAAGAGAGGAUUCACCCUUGGUUCUGGGUGGCAUCUGGAUCUCAGCUCACCUUAUGCCCCUGAGAUUAUUCCAGGCGUUUGGGAUUUCAGCAAUCUUGUAUUAAUAUUGGACAUAAAGCAGCAAUGUGACAAUUGCUUUGGCACGACUUUGGUUAACUAUGUCAGCAGAGAAACGGUUAGGUACUUUUUGAAAUUUUAGUCAAGCAUUAAAUGUCACUGAAUGCACCACUCAGGGAUAUAUUUUAAUGGAAGGCGUUGCAAUUUUCUAAAAGGGAUUUUGGCUAGCAGAAAGCUCUGGUGGAAGGGGGGAAAAAAUAACGAUUUGAAAAUGCUUAACAUAGUUGGACACACUUAUUUCCCAGGAGAGUUGUUCUCCCAUACCACUCUGUAGCAGAGUGCAAAAUAAAAUAAAUGUGCUGGAGUGCAUGACUAGUCAAAAUAUAAAACAUAUGUUUCUAGUCCUCAUGGCUGUGCUUUGGAAAAAUUGUGAGAUGGCAAUUUUAAUUAAGAAUUUAGAAUCAAACUGAUGGCUACCUGUCUUUUUGGCAAAUCUAAAGUCAAAGCCUUCAACAGUGAAAUUUCUGGAACAUUAUAAUUUAUAUUCCCAUCUCCCCCUCAUGCAUUGGGGACAGAAGAGCUUUGUGUCUUGAAACACUUACAUCCUUCCCUUCCACUCAUUUUCUUCUGAUGUAGAGGCUUCCUAUAUCUAUUCCAAUGCCGAGAUUUCUGUGUGAAGUAAAUAGCAUCUCAACUACUAGCAGAAUUUGCUUUGUUUUUUCCCACCUAUUUUUAGGAAGUUAUCUCCACACUGAGUUGGAAAUAACAUGUAAAUGUUCAUAUAUCCAUUUAUGUAAGGCUAUUCCAUUGCACAAUGCAUAUAUUUGGAUUGUACUGUCAUACAACUGAUUGGAGUUUUCUGGUUGCAAAUUUUAACAUUUUUUGGUAUAAUCUGUCAUACAGACACACUUAUUUUAAAAUAAAAAUCCAUGUCACUACUAUGAAUAACACAAAUUGCUUCAAAGCAGCUACUUGUGCUUCAUUUUGCAGUGUUGAUUCACUAUUAUUUGAAUGACCAUUUUUGUAUCGCCUUGAUCUAAAAACGGAAAAUGAAGGAGGAAGGGAAUAAAUACUGUGUGCUGCACAGUUUAUAUAUUGCAACAUCUCUUUCUAAAGAAGGUCUCCUAUAAAACCAAUAAAAAUUCAGAGGCAUUGUCACUGGCUUCAUACAUCAAGUAAUGAGUAAGAAAGGCUGACCUACUUAAGUACAAAAUACAGUGCAAUAGAGUAAGGUUUGGUCUUUGCAACAGAUAAUUUGAUCCAUGAGGUAAAAUCAUAAACAUAUUUAUUCAAAACAGCAUUCUCCUUGUAUAUGUGAUUAUUUUAUUGCAUUGUAAAGGCUCUCCAGUCUGACUAUUGUCAAGAAAAACACCAUUUAACUGAAACUCUGAUCCAAUGGAUACUAAAUUGGACCUAAACAUCUGUUGCACUUUAAAGACUAACAUAUUUAUUGCAGCAUAUACCCAUUAUUUCAGAGAUAUGCUUUAUCAAGAACAAGAAGCAGUCAUGGAUGUGGCUCAUACAGUAUAUGUAGUUAAAAACUUCUGCUGGCAAAAUGAAGUCAAGAUUAAGAAACAAAACAGCUCUCAGUUGUCAUAGAGCCAAAAUUAUUAUGGAACUCUUAAUAAAAAAAUUGAAGUCAACCGGUUCUUAAGACUAAAUGGCAAGAACUUUUGAGUAA